AUGUCCAUCCUUUUGAAGGAAACCGGUAUCUUGCUAACCCCAUUCAAUAGAUGUUGAUUUCCAACAGGGAUCAAGCCGCGGCUGUGGUACUGAUCAGGCCCAAUACCAGUAUUCUCCGGCAAAUCAUGGUGCUACACCGAAUACGAACGGCAAUUUGAAUCAAGGUGCUGCGCCAAAUGUUGCACCUUCAAGAUUCAGUCCUAAAAUAGCCAUGGAUGAAAACCUCUCAGACGAAGAUGCUGAGGGUGAUAUUGAUCCCGAUGUCGUACAAUCUGUUUCCGAAUUUACUAGUUCUCCAUCCAACGACCCUGCUAGCUCGGGUGGAAACCUAAUGACAACAGGGGUGCACGAAAACCGCUCGUAUAGCCCUUCGACAGCGGGUAUGGACUCUUUUUCCGGGUUGCCACCAGAUGGUCAUUCCAACGGGGGUAUCGGAUUUGACUCCAGCGGACCUAGCUCUGGGUUUCAUAACAGUCGGAUGGGCAUCUAUAGCGGUACGGUCGCGCUCAAUGCAAAUGACGUCGUCGGGCAUGGAAUGCCAAAUUCCGAGACCCCACUUCCAGGAACUGUUCCCAAUCGAUCAUUCGCAGACACGAAUCCUGCAGGCUUUCCCGAUUCGGGAAUUCAGGGCAUUGGAAUGAACCUCAACGUUGGGGUCAGCGUUGGUUUCGGCAUGGGCAUGGGGAUCAACCGGUUUGACAUGAUGGGGGUCGGUGUUGGUUUAGGCAUGAUUGGUUUUCCUGUAGUGGAAACUGAUUCGUGGUUCCUUCCUGCUUCUUCUCCGCCCUCUACUUCACUUCCGACAUCGAGCGCAAACGGGGAGCACCAUGAUCAUGGCGUUGGAGGGAUGGGGUCUUUCGGAAAUAAUUCUAUCUAUAAUGACCCCUUACCUGACCAUGCGAGAGAGAGGUUCGGUAGUCCAGGAUCUCCUGAGAAUGCGUAUCCUCUUGGAUUUGCCAUGGGUUGAGUUUUGGAGGUUUGCAAUGGCAAAAGAGGGCCACGAAAUUGUACGC